GGCAACCCUGUUUACCUAGUGUAAAUUUGGUUUUACAAAAUGUCAGUGAUCAGUGAUUGUUCCAAGAGAAGAAAAUUAAAUGUAGAAAAUUAAAAAGAAGAUGCAAGAAGAUCCGGAAAAUGGAAUUAAAAAAAACUUUUAUUUGCGUGGGAUGACAAGGAAAUGUGGAUGAAAAACAUGAUUUUGAUGAUACAGCUUCUCAUGCAUCAAAUGGAAAUAUUUGUUCUGGUUGUCUUAAUUUACUCGAUGAUGAAGAAGUCAUUUCAGCACUGGGCCAGGAGUGGCAUACAGACUGCUUUAGAUGUUCAGCUUGCGAUGCGGCCUUAUCCAGUUGGUAUUUUGAGAAAGAUGGACUCCUGUUUUGUAAAGAUGAUUACUGGACAAGAUACGGAGAAGCCUGCCAGCAGUGUAGCCAGAUCAUUACUGGACCAGUUAUGGUGGCAGGAGAGCAUAAAUUUCACCCAGAAUGUUUUUGUUGUGGGUCCUGUGGGUCUUUUAUAGGAGAUGGAGAUUCAUAUGCCUUAGUAGAAAGGUCAAAAUUAUACUGUGGGCAAUGCUACAAACGACAAAUGCAACCCUUACAAAAAACUGCAAAAUUCCCUUUUGCUCGAAAACCUCAUUCCAUUCGUCUAGUUGAAGUGCCAGGAAGACAAAAAGGCAUAAAGCUGUCUAAAGAUGUUAUGGCUUCAGAAAAUAGUCAAUCCCUCACCAUUUCAGAGUUACUGUGGAAGAUACAUGGGAAACUUCUAGAGGUGGCAUUUGCUUUAUUAACUUCAGCUUUUAACAUUUGCUGCUUUAACAUUCCUUUGUAUAGGUUAGAAGUUAAUAAUGAUUUAAUGUCUCUACACAUUGGCGAUAAAAUAUUGGAAAUUAAUGGGAUUCCUGUGAAAGACACUCCUUUGGAAAAUGUAGAAAAUUUAUUGAGAUAUUCAGACACUGUGUUGCAGUUAACAAUAGAACACGAUCCAGAAUCAAUAUGUCAUAAAUACACUCCAGUACACCAGCUAUCUCCUGUUAUUUCACCGCUAGCAACAACAAAAAGUGAUACUAACAUUCCAAUAAAGCAAAACAUUCCUGUAGAUCUCAGAUCAUGUGGUUCUAGUGAAUCUUUAUGCGCUGAACCAUAUCCAAACGCUAAGAUAAGUGAUGGCUUAUCGCAAGGCGAUCUUCGCAAAAAUCAAAAUCGAGGUGAUAAUAAAGAGAGAAUAUAUAAAAGGAGAGACGAAGGUUAUAUGAGCGGUACUAGAUCGAGGCAGUUGAGGAGAAAGAAUCAUUUAGCUGAGAAGAAUCAAACUUUGGAUAAAGAAAGAAGUUCAUCUAUGAGUAGAUUGUUGGAUGAGGCUCCAAAUUCCAAAAGAUGCCUCGAAUUAUCGAGAGCUUAUUCGUUUUUGGAAUCGCGACCUCCUCAAAGGGUGUUUAGGGCAUCAGAUCUGGUGAAGGGGGAAUUACUGGGUCAAGGUUUUUUUGGACAAGUUUUUAAGGUAACUACAAAAGAUACCUCAGAAGUAAUGGUGUUAAAAGAAUUGUACCGGGUGGAUGAAGAAGCCCAGAAAAACUUUUUAAAAGAGGUAGCGGUAUUAAGAUCUUUACAUCACAGCAACGUUUUACGCUUUAUUGGCGUUCUUUACAAAGAGCAAAAACUUAAUUUAGUUACCGAGUAUAUUUCAGGUGGGACCUUAACAGAACUUCUUCAGGAUUCUGCACAGCCACUUCCUUGGGAACAAAGGGUGUCGUUUGCCAAAGAUAUUGCGUCUGGAAUGGCAUAUUUGCAUUCCAUGAACAUAAUUCAUAGGGACUUGAAUUCACACAACUGUCUUGUAAGGGAUGACAAAACAGUGAUUGUGGCCGAUUUUGGUUUAGCUAGGAUUAUAUCCCAUGCAACAAAUAGUGUAAGAAGAUCCCCAAAAGGAACACCUGGUUCAAGGACUCGUCAGGAGCGUAAAAAGCGAUACACUGUCGUAGGAAAUCCAUACUGGAUGGCUCCAGAAAUGAUGAAAGGCAAUAAAUAUGACGAAAAAGUCGACGUUUUCAGUUUUGGGAUAAUUCUCUGUGAAAUAAUUGGACGAGUUCAAGCUGAUCCAGAUUUUCUGCCCAGAUCAAACGAUUUUGGUUUGAACCAAAUGGCUUUUAAAGAAAAGUUCUGUCAAUCCUGUCCUGAACCUUUUUAUAAGAUCGCUUUUUUGGGUACCGAUUUGAAUCCCGAUCGAAGACCUCCGUUUGAGGUGAUGGAAGUCUGGUUAGAAUCUCUGUCAAUGCAUUUGGCAGUGGGCAUGCCUCUACCUCCAGAUUUAUUGUUUGACAUUCAACAUUAUCGUGGUUUGAGUCCCAGUAGUUCUGGGAGCACAACUCCUGAAGGUAUUCCAUCUGGACAUAGAAGUCCCGCACUGGAGCCAAUCAAAGAAGGAAAAACCGCCAACUUGGCCCCUAAGUCCCCGCUUGUCAAAUCGUUUGACGAGCUCCAAGAUAACCUGUCGUCCUGUGAUAUUAGACCUAAGAAAAUAAUUCAUACGCUAGACAAUCUGCCAGAAACAUCCCCACCACUCUACGAAAACAUAGAUUUUUUGAAAAACGAUAAUAUGUACCACAAGAGCACCGAGAAGCCUAUCUGCAUUCAAGACUUAAAACCUACAGAAAAAGUGCCUAAACCUGUCGAGACUGAAAACAAUCGCAGGUCCAAUCGUUUUAACGUCAGGCUCCGAACAGUUCCGAAGAAUUUCACGAGAAACCGUUUUGUUAGAGAGGAACCACCCAAAGGUACCAAUCUCAGCUUGGGUAAUAUUGGUUCGGCCGCUUCUACUCCGGUAACGCAGAAAUUUGUGAGCCGUACUACCGAACGAAAACACGUUCCCGAUUUGAUCUCUUCUACUUUUAAUCCGAAGAAGACGUCGGAAGUACCGCAUGAUGAACCUUCUGGUAUUUUGGCUAAGGUACUGCGCAGAACGCCAAUUUUCGAACGAAGAACCUUCCGACCUUCUCACGAUGAGGAUACCUCUAUUCGUUCCACUGGAAGGCUCCCGCAAAUUCCUAAGAUUGAACCUGCGCCCUCUACCAGUAGAAGUAGCAGCGUUGUGCGCAGUAUAGUAGAUAGUUUGAACAGAAAAGGAGGCGGCGGGUUUGGUUUUGGUAGUCGAAUGGGCUACGGUAGAAGUUCAUUGAAAGUGACAGGUAGUCCGAAAGUUGACCUUAAAGGGGUAGUUAGAGGUAGAGACGCGGAAUUUACUGCCUUGUAGAAUGCGUUGUUCUCUAAAGUGCCAACUUCAAGCUUGGAAAUAUGUUUUUAGAAGACUCAUGUUUUUAAUUGCCUAUAACUAUUUUAACAAGACAUUAAUGAAAAGUUAAACAAAAAAUAGUUGUGGCUGGUUUGGUUAACCCUCAACUGUAAGCUUGUUUAUCUGUAUAGAAGAGUUAAAAGUAAGACAAAAGUGCCUAAAAAUGUCUGAAGCAAGAAAAAUCAGAAGAAACCCAAACACCACUUAAAACUUUUCUAAAUCCAAAGUCAUCAAUUUCAGACUGGGAAACAUAGGUUCAGCAACUUGUUCAGGUUUUAUUCUAGUAACGCAGAAAAUUCUUCUGGUAUUUUGGGAAACAUACCCCACAGAACGCCGAUUUUCGAACCAAGGACGUACUGAACUUCUCACGAUGAGGAUACUUGUAUUCUUCCCACUGGAAGACUCUCGCAAACACCUAAAAUUGAACCUGCGACCCUUACCAUAGUGAAAAGGAGGCGGCGGGUUUGGUUUUGGUAGUCAAAUAAGGCUAUUGGUAAUCAAAUAAGGUAGAAAUUCACUAAGGGUAACGGGCAGUCGCAAAGUUAACCUUAAAGGGGUAGUUAGAGGUAGAGACGCGGAAUUUACUGCCUUGUAGGAUAUACCAUUGUUCUCUAAAGUGCCCACUUCAGGUAUUUUGGUAGUUAUAAUGUUGAAAGUAUGUUUUAAGAAGCCUUAUAUUUUUAAUUGUCUAUAACUAUUUUAACAAAACACUACAAAAAGUAGCUAUCACUUGCCUAUCUGUAUAGAAGACUUAAACCAACAGAAACGGUCCUACAGAUGUGGGUAGCGAAAAAAUUGAUAGAAACGAAAUCAGCAUUACUUAGAACAUUCCCGUAAAUUUAUAGGCAAUUCCAAAGUUGAUCUUAAUGGGGUUAAAGUAGAAAAAAAAUUAUUACUUUGUGGAAUUUAUUUGUAUUUGUCAUUUUAUUCAAUUGUCUUUCCUGGCAAUGUACUAAGGUCUGGCUUAAUAUUUUAAGCUCAUAUUGGGAUAUGCUUCAAAGUGAUGUUUUAUUAAGCUUGCGUUGUUAGGUUCAAGUAGAGUAAAAGAAAUAAGGUCACGUACCACUGAGCCCUGAUAUAUACAUAUACAGGGUGUUUCAAAACAAAUGCGAAAAACUUCAGGGGGUGAUUCCU